GGGCAUUAGUGGGGGGGGGUUCUUCUUGCUUGCAACUCCCACCGCCUUUGACCCCUUUUCUCUUGUCUUCAGCCCCCCCCCUUCCUUAAGGGUCUCUCCAACCGGGGUGGGGUAGGGGGCUCCCAGGGGCUGACUGCCCUGGGAAUGGGGUGGGGGACGCCCUUUCCCCCCUCUCAGCCCCCGAGGCCGAGGAAGGAGCCGAUCCACCGCUUUCUAGCCCCGGCGGCCGGGAGACGCGCGUUCGCUGGCUCGGAGCCUCUUUCCCGAUGGUGCAGCUGGUAGCGCUGGUUUGGCGAAGGUUGUUGCGGAAGCGAUGGGUGCUGGGCAUCGUCUUCGGGCUGUCCCUCAUCUACUUCCUUAACAGCACCUUCAAGCAGGAAGAGAGAGUGCUGCGGGAUCGGAAUUUCCCCCAAGCUCAAGACGAAAAUCGCCCCAUCGCCUGGAAAGUCCAUUUCAGCUUGGGGAAUAGCAGCCAGCCGAACAAUCAAUGUCGGAAUUCUGUCCAAGGAAAAUUGUUGAUCACGGAUGAGUUGGGCUACAUCUGCGAAAGGAAGGACGUGCUGGUGAACGGGUGCUGCAACGUGGAGGCGCCCGGUGUCAAGUUGUACAGCUGCGACAGCUGCCUGCCCAGCGGAUGUUGCAGUGUCUAUGAGGCCUGUGUGUCCUGCUGCUUACAGCCCAACAAGCAACAGCUCCUUGAGCAUUUUCUAAACCGAGCAGCGGUGGCCUUUCGGAAUCUCUUCAUGGCUGUGGAAGAUCACUUUGAGCUCUGCCUGGCCAAGUGCAGGACCUCCUCCCAGAGCGUGCAACAUGAAAACACCUACCGCAACCCCAUUGCCAAAUACUGCUAUGGGGAAUUCCCCCCAGAUCUUCUGUCGGUGUGAAAGUGCUGGAGAAACUGACUAGGACUUAAAAUGAGACUUGAAGCAUUGGCAGAGAGUGAGAAUUUGGUAACCGGCUGGUUGAGUCCCUUCGGCAAUCCCCAACUUCACCUUCUGAAUUGUUUAGCCUGCUGCCCUGUCUCUGCAGCUGCGAUGUGGAGCAAAACGGGUGGAAAUCGACGAAUAGCUGGAUUCAAAGGUUCGCAUCAUGGGCUCAGCUGAAAUUCGGACCUAAGACUUUCAAGUUCCUCCUCAAUCUCAGUCACGUGGGACCCCUGGUAGAUGGAGAAAGCCAUCGGAAUAGCCAAGAGCACAGACAGGCGUUCUUGAUGGGAACAGCUGAAAGAUUUAUUCAAGCGAUGAGAAGAUACUUGAUGAGUGGUGCGGCGGCCUAGAGGUGGAGCUCUCGCCUCACAUUCAAGGAGGCUGUGAGUUCGAUCCUAGGUAGAGGCAGAUAUUUUUCUCUCUCUGGACAGACUGGGAAUAUAUCUGCCGAACAAAACUCCGCAUUGGCGACAGGAAGGGUAUCCGGCCAUUCAAACACUCUGCUAGCUCCAUUCAGUUGCCCAGAUUCCACCCCGCAAGGGAUUACACGGUCGUUAAAAGACAAUGAUGAAUGAGAAGAUACUUGUAUUAGACCGAUAGGUUUUUGUGAAUCCUGCACUAUACUUCUGUUGACUCCCCUCUAAGGUAAACACAGCAAAGCACUAAUAUGGUUGGCUGGGGAAUUUUGUGAAUUGAAGUCCGCAAGUUGUAAAGUUGCCAGGGUUGGAGAUCCCUGGCUUAGCUGAACCUUCUGGAGCUUGGUCUUUCCAGAUGUGUUGAGGUGCAGCAUCUUCCAUGACCAACUUCUGGGUUCUUUCAUCUCCACAAUCUUUGCAAGGUUUCAGUCUGGGAAAAAGGAUAGAAGGGGACUUGAGGAUGGUUCUUGAUUUAGAAUAUCCCAGAACAGAGUUCUGGAUUCAUCAGAGAAAAGAAGGAGGCGCAUUCUCUCCUUAGAUAGAAAUUUGAACUGGUUGCCUUGAUCUCUGGCCUCCCAUUUCUAAGAUUGGUUGUCAAUUCCCUGAAAGAAGCAUCCGUUUUUAGUAACUGGGUGAUGAGCUUGUCGAUCGAAAGGUCGGCAGUUCAGCGGUUCGAAUCCCUAGUGCCGCGUAACCGGGUGAGCUCCCGUUCCUGGUCCCAGCUUCUGCCAACCUAGUAGUUCGAAAGCAGGUAAAAAAAAUGCAAGUAGAAAAAUAGGGACCACCUUUGGUGGGAAGGGAACAGCGUUCCAUGCGCCUUUGGCAUUGAGUCAUGCCGGCCACAUGACCACGGAGACUCUUCGGACAGUGCUGGCUCUUCGGCUUUGAAACGGAGAUGAGCACUGCCCCCUAGAGUCGGGAACGACUAGCACAGAUGUGCGAGGGGAACCUUUACCUUUUAUGCAUGUUGUACUCUCUUCCGAUUUUCCCAAGCGGAUGUCCUCUCUGUUGGGUCACAGUUCUCAUCAUUCUCAAUAGGUUAUGGCCAUAAAAUGGCAACGGGGUGACCGCAGAGGCUGCGGAAGGCAGAUGGGAGAAGAUUGCAAGAAUUCUUUUGACGUCUGAGAAACACCAAAACUUAAUUAUCAGCGAGCUGGAUUUCAAGACAGGGAGACCUGCUUUUUUGUCUUCCUAUUUUUCUGACUUUCGACAUCGCUUGGAAUAUCGGAGAAAUCGAACCGUCUAGUUACGGGCAAUGGGUCUCUAGGGGAAAGAGCUUUUAAAAAGAUUAGAUAGAUUUGUGGAAAGAGAAGACUAGGUUAUUAAUCAUCAUAGCAUUUUAGUUUGAAGUGGAAAGAGGGGUGUAAACUGUUAGCUUUGCGCUUCUCUGUCUGCUUUAUCACUAAAAAAAAGAAGGCGCUGUAUCGAACCUGAUGGACCAAAGAACACCUCUUAAACGAAACAAUAGACGGAAUUAUUAAGAUUAAGGGAAAAUGUGGUUUCUAUCAUGUUUCUAGGUUGUAAAUUGUAGGAUAAGGUAGUCUUCAACUUUACGACUGUAUUUGGACCUAGAGUUAUCCUGUAAGUCAUUGCAGUCGUUAAGCAGUUCGCCAUCUGACUGCUCUCGAUUUUAGCAGUGGUUGUUAAGCAGAUCCAUUUUAUUCAAUGGGAAACUGGAAAGUAAAUGCCGGAAAACGCACAAAAAGCUUUUGAAAAUUGCAGCCGUGUGACAGCCACGAAUGACUGUAAAUAUGAGCCAAUUGCCAAGCACCCAAAAAUAUGAUCCCAUGACUGCAAGGGGUGGGGUGGGGUCUUCAGAACUUUAAAAAAAUUGGAUUCCAAGUACCUUUCAGAGAACCUGUCGUAACUUGAAACAGUUGCUAGGCAACCGGUUGUUAAGCGAGGACUACCUGUACGGGCAUAAACGUCAAAGGACUUAACGGGACUUGAAGGCUGAGCUGAACUCAUCAUGGCAUCUAGCAGAAUUUAGUUUGAAUGUAACUCCUUCUCGUGUAUUUAGAAGUAAAUGGACACUCCAAGGUUUCCCUGUCAUUUCCCUGCCCUUGUUAACUAUUCUGAACAUUGUUUUGUGAAUUUUUGCAUUGGCCUAAUAAAGGUAUUGCCCUGACAGGUAUACAUCUAA